UAUAUAUAGCGGUCAGCUAACAGGAUACGGCGCAGCAAGGUUUUAGGAGGGGGCGGCGGCGGAGGUUUUCAUCGAGGAAGCGUGCGUUCGCCAUGGCAUCUAAGGUUUCUCUCAAGGUGAAAGGAAAGGCGAAGGCCGGGAAAGGACCCAAGUCCAAGGAGCAAUCGACCUGCGAGCUCGUCAAGGAGUGGACGACCUGGGCGAUGAAGAAAACCAAGGUGAUUACCCACUACGGCUUCAUCCCCCUCGUCAUCCUCAUCGGCAUGAACUCCGAGCCCAAGCCCCAUCUCUACCAGCUGCUCAGCCCCGUCUGAUGCUCCCCUCAGCGAUCGGCAAGUUUCUCCUCCCCGCCCCCAAAUAAUUAGGGCUUUUGAGUUUGCCAUGAAUAUCUACUUUCCAAUGCCUGUUUAUCGCACAGUAAUAUAGUUUCUGGUUUCCAGUUAAAUCUCGUGUAUUUUCUUGAAUGAUUGUUCAUGAUGCGAGCCUGUUACCAAAUCUGAAUUUUGAUAUCAGUAAACUGUUCUUGCAAUAA